CGCUCAGUAUCCCGGCAGCUCACCGGACCGCAGCAACUAAAACAAAACAAAUGUACAGAAGCCGUUCUCCUGUCCGGCCCUUCCCUCCAGCUUGUACUGUGUGGAUUAAUUUGAACCUUCAAAUGGGUUCAGACAUCUAGUAACAAAUUGUAAAGGGAUUUCUGAAUAUGACGAGCAGCGUGAGAAAUUGCUCUCAGUCUUCCUGGAGAUCCAGGAUUAGGAAACUUCAGCUCUGAAGGAAACCUUCCUUUGGGGAGGAAAUCUGUCGGUUCUGCCUCAUGCCCAACUGCAGAGAGCUGGCCAGUGGAGAAAGACGCCAUUGCCUGCCUCCUUGUGGGAAGCAGAGGGCAGCUUCACCUGAGAUCCCAUUUUAGGUGUCCUUCUGCCUGCCUGGUUCUGGGCCCCCAGCGGCACCACGCUCCUGAGCCGAAAGGGUCUUUUCACCAUCUUCCAGUUUUCUCUGGCUCUUCUGCGGUGGACCUGGAAGCCCACUAGAGACUCAGAGCCUCGGGGAACUGAGAUCUGCAAGUUCCAUCUGUUCAUCCAGAAACUGGGGACCAAGGAGGAUUGAGGCUUUGCACUGGUCAUAACAGUGAUUACCAGCCAGCCUGGGCUAGAGCCCAGAGUCCUUGCUGCUUGGUCAUUUUUCCAUCUUCUGGAUAGGAAGCCUUUUGAAGACAGGCACUGGCUUUCAACUGGCUGGGCUUUUAAUGACCAUAACUGCUGACCUGAAGGCAUUGGAGGGGAAGGUUAGCAUCUGAAUGUCCUCGAUACGCUUCUGCUGCCGUUUCUAAGUUCCCGCCGACUGGGGCUCACUUCUGCUUUGCAGAAAUUAUCUGCUUGGAGCCGUGUCUGAUUUAUAACAAUCUCUGGCAAAACCUCAGAAAACAGAUAUGCUUUGGGGUUAGACGGACAUCAGAGGCAGCAGUAAGGCUCCGUGGAAAGGCUCCCCAGGUUGGCAUGAGGCUCGGGGAGCCACGAGUCCAGCUGAGGGGCAGUCUCUUGGAACUUUCUUCUCCUGAGGAGUGUGACACAGUUAAAAAGGACAAAAAAAAAAGAGUCACAAGCCAAACCGUUGCCACUAUAUAGGAGAAGGAGCACUUUCAAGCACUUGGGGCUGCUCCUGGGCGCUCUGAGCUCACCCACAGCACAGGGGUACUCGGCCAUGGAGUGACACUCGGCUCAGGUCUCUGCACGAGAGAAGGAAUGGCCCGGGACAUCAAUCUGAAUUCCCUCCAGGAGUUGGAACGCGAGGUCAUCCUCCAGGUUCUGUACCGAGACCAGGCGGUUCAAAACAUUGAGGAGGAAAGGAUCCGGAAACUGAAGACUCACUUGCAGCAUCUCCGGUGGAAAGGAGCAAAGAGCGUGAGCCCGGAGUACAAAGAGAAGUCGUGUGCACGCUGUCAGCGUGAGCUGGGGCUUCUGCUGAACCGGGGGGCCGUGUGCAAGGGCUGCAGCCACCGCGUGUGCUCGGAGUGCCGAGUGUUCCUGAGGAAGACCGAUGCCUGGAAGUGCACCGUGUGCUUUGAGGACAGAAAUGUGAAAAUAAAAACUGGAGAAUGGUUCUUUGAGGAACGAGCCAAGAAAUUUCCAACUGAAGGCAAACACGGGACAGCCGGAGCAAAGCUCUUGCAAUCUUAUCAGGAGCUGAGCAAAAUUUCUGUGGUUCCUCCUACCCCACCUCCUCUGAGCGAAAGCCAAUGCAGUAGCAGCUCGAACAGGGAGCUUGGUCAGUUUAAAGGAUUUAAUAAAUCCGUGGAAAAUUUGUUUCUGUCUGUUACCACCCACAUGAAAAAGCUUUCCAAGUCCCAGAACGACAUGACCUCUGACAAGCAGCUCCGGGCCACGGGUCCCAGGCAGCAUGCUGGCCAGACGGAGAGGAGGAGCCAGUCGGACACUGCUAUCAACAUCACCACCAGGAAGGCAAGCGUGCCGGAUAUUCUGAAACCUCUCGAUCAAGGGAGUCCCAGACGCCUUACUAGCCCUGUUUUGAAGCAAGAGGAUCUCUCAUCCAGGCCAAUUCCCAGCACUUUAUUCUCAGGAGGCUUGAGACACGCCAGUCUAAUUAGCAUUAACAGCACUUGCACGGAGAUGGGCAAUUUUGGCAAUGCUAAUGUCACUGGAGAAAUAGAAUUUGCCCUUCGCUAUUGUUUCAAAACCUGUUCUUUAGAAAUAUGCAUCAAGGCCUGUAAGAAUCUUGCCUAUGGAGAGGAAAAGAAGAAAAAGUGCAAUCCGUACGUAAAGACCUAUCUACUGCCUGACAGAUCCUCCCAGGGAAAACGCAAGACUGGAGUCCAAAAGAACACGGUGGAUCCAACAUUUCAGGAGACCUUGAAGUACCAGGUGGAGCCCGGCCAGCUGGGGACCCGGUGGCUGCAGGUCUCUGUGUGGCACCUGGGCAUGCUCACCCGGAGGGUGUUUCUUGGAGAGGUGACCAUCCCUCUGGCCACAUGGGACUUCGAAGACCGCACAACACAGUGUUUCUGCUGGUAUCCACUGAGGGCCAAGGCAGAGAAACUUGAAGACAGCAUUCUUCCCAGUAAUGGAGAACUUGCAGUCCGGGCCAAACUGGUCUUCCCUGCAGGGCCCAGAAAGCUCCAGGAGGCCCAAGAAGGGACAGAUUGGCCAUCCCCGAACGGUCAGCUUUGUUUGGUCGUGCUGGGAGCCAAGAAUUUGCCCGUGCGGUCAGAUGGUACCCUAAACUCAUUUGUUAAGGGCUGUCUCACUCUGCCAGACCAACACAAACUGAAACUGAAGUCCCCAGUUGCGAAGAAGCAAGCUUGUCCCCAGUGGAAGCACUCCUUCGUGUUCAAUGGCGUGAGCCCUUCCCAGCUGAGACAGUCAAGCCUGGCAUUAACCGUCUGGGACCAGGCCAUCUUUGGUGUGAACGACCGCUUGCUGGGGGAAGCCUGGCUCGGUUCUAAGGAAGCCGGAGCUGGUGGUGAGGACUCAGGCUCACCGUCAGAGCGUCAGUGGCAGAAAGUUCUUUCUAGCCCCAAUCUGUGGACAGACCUGACACUCAUCCUGCACUGAAGCCAGGGUUCCAGUCUGUGGUGAGAGUUUAGUGCUGCAGGCCUGACGGUUAGCUGAGGCCGUGGGCAGGGACACUCGCCGUGGGCAGCGCUGUCCCGGAGCCUGCACGUUCUUCCACAUCCCUGUGUACAGCACUUGUUGCUAUUGUAUCAAUAGGUCUGUUUGGUUUUCUGUGCUCUGAGACACGUGGAAAACGGCCAGAUUUCAAUAAACGUUUCAAUAAACGCCCUGCCUUGUUAUAUGCAUUUGAAGGACAACUAGAGCCCGGUUCUGCUUUCCGGAGGGGCACCCCGUGCCCCCGACGCACGCCCGUACACAGCCAUGGCCGCCUCUCAUCUUGCACAGCUUUUAUUUCUCAGGUCUGGGGCGCAGGGCUCACCUGCACACGGCUCCCACCCGAGCAGGACGACGAGCCGGUGGAGUGUGAGAGCUGACAUUUCGACAGAUUUUCAAGGACGCGGGAGAGAACUGGCGAGGUCAGAGCAGGUUCUUCUUGUGGAAACAGACAAUACCAGGUGGGAAGAGUCCCUCUAUAGCGGGAGUCUGGAUGAGCCAAACAGCAUGUGUCUUUUUCAAGGAAGCUCGGAGAGAAAACUGAAAUGCGCAGUUACAGGCACAAGACAGGCACAAGGGCACUCAAAGUAAAAAAAAAAAAAAGUCAUUUUUACAGAUGUGAUUACAGCGGUUAAGCCACCUCCUUACUGCCCUCACGUCAGAUCAAGUGCCAUGGUAACAGGGUUUUUAAUACGUAAUUCUUUUAUUCUGUAAAAGGUAACAAAAUAUACAGAAUGAAACUUUCCCUUUUUUAAACUAAUGUUACAAACCCAUAUUGUCACUUAUAUAUAAAUACUCUUCUCUACAGCUGAUCAUUAAUUAGGUGUGAGUCCAACAAUGUGGCCCUCUGUUAAGCAAAAAAAAGAAAA